AUGUCCUGUAGGCGCGUCGUCGAGCCGGACUGUCCAAAUCAAAUCAAGGCCGGCCGCGGUUGUGGAAAGCACCCAAUUCCAGCUCCAUUUAAGAGCAGAUGUUCCGCAAGCCAUGGAGGAAAUCUCCUCAUACGGUCGCCUGGGUGUUGCCAUAGUCACUGUAGAAAGGUCGAAAAAUGUGUUGCUUUUUUUACCGGAUUGCAGUUUGCGCGCCAGCUUCAAUUGGAAUUAGAAGUGGAUUUGGCGCAUCAAAUAGCCGCACUCUGCCAGUCGAUUCGAACAAGCAAAGGGUAUUGUCAAGCUACCGGUUGGGAUGAGGGCCCAUCAAAAUCAGCGUCUUCGUCUGAAGAGCCCGUUUCGAACACCGUCCAAGUUGGCCGCUCCACGUUGUCCCGAUCGCCGUUCUGCCCACCCGUCCAUUGGUUGAGCGUAAAGUUCAGCUGCCAGGUUCAGCUUCACCGGAAUGGCGCGAAGCUGCGAUUUGAGCGUCGAUUUGCGCCUUUAUACCCUGUUGACAUGACAACAGAACACGUCCUGUUGCCGGGUGUACUACAGAGCCGUCUGCCGCGGAGAACACACCACCUCACUGCACUUCAUACAAUUACCAUGCAUGCACACACACGCACACAGGCGCAGACAAGUGACCCGAAGGCGUGA